GUGAAGAAUCAACAGAAGUUGGACUGGAAAUUGCUUCACAUUUUUUAUUCUUAUUUGAUACAUGGAGAGGAUCCAGUUUGUCAUAUAGUGCAUUUUCUGAGCUCCUGGAAGUGAGGUUGGGGUGGGUUGUCAGUGUUCGAGUUUGAUCCGUGCAGUACGUGUACUGUGUUACUAAUCCCUCCUCCAAACUCGGUUUCUGACUCCAUGGACAUGUUAGGAAAGGUCAACGACAGUGUGAAGAGUAGAAACGUGGCACUGCAGUCUGAUGAAUUGGUGGGAUUGAAAGAAUUGGCAAUAUCAAAUUAUAGAGGUCAUGGAAACCAGUAUCUUGUCAGUCAAGACCGGUCUUAUUGCUGUGGGUGUUCUAAUCACAAGAUUUUCAAUUCCCAUAUGUAAACAUUAAUCUAGAACUAUCAAAAACAGGAAAUCAUCAAGAUGCCAACACAGACGCUACAGUACAGGAAGGUAGCUGGUCGAUAUUGAGAAGUCUUCAAUUUGUCAUUGCAAUUUGAUUGUAAUUUGCAUACAGUGAAAAUUAAUUUGAAGGCUUUCUUGUGGGUGAGUCCAUGGAAGGCUAAAAAUGAGUAAUCUAGUCCAAAAGUUUGUGUAGAAAUCAGUGAAAGACUGCAGCGGCAAACCGUUGACUUUGCAUCUAGCGGUAUGAUAGAAGUGCAUGGUUAUAGUUACCCUGUAGUUGGGGUUGCAGAUUAGCUGCAGUUUAGCUAUUGUCUAAACAUUGGAGCAGCACCAAACAUUUCCAUGUACCUGCAUAAUGUAUGCCGCCUACGUCUGUUGUCUGACCACACAGCCACUGCUUUUUUGACGGGCGUGUGGCAUUGUCAGCUUUUGAAGGUUUUUGCUCAAUUUUACAUGCAAAUCUGGCGCAAUUUUGGUCCCUACUGCGUUGAGGAAGUAGUAAUUAAUGGCGGUAUUGCAGUGCCAAGUCACGCAUCUAGCUGUUUGGUUGCUGUAUGCUGUGCGCGUACACUACAAAUGUCUAGAUAAACCAGGCAUGGACCUUAAGCUAGCCAUACCCCAAACAAUCGGAUGCUUAAUUGAUUCCUGGACCUAUAACAGUUUAGAGUAGAGGGUUUAUAUAGUUUGGUGCCAAUUCAUGCAGAACUAACCAUACAUAAUAUACCCAUGGACGCCAGCAGUUUACUUUUAAACAUAUUACCAAUAACACUCCAUGCAGGAUGGAGGUUAUACACUUGAGGUUGCACAUGGAAUGGGAAUCAAAUUUGUGGGCCGGGAUCUCUAGGAGACUGCAUCAGGCAGUGCACACAUGCUGGCUGGUGGUAGAGUCAGGUAUGCACAUGGAAAAAAGAGAGCAGAAAGAUUACAGAAUAUAUAGAUAAAGAAAUUAGACUAUAGUAAUAUCUAGCUGCUAGAAGAUGAUGGGUAUAGACUCUAUACUACAAGAUUAUGGUAAGCAGAACUUGUACAUGAUAGUUAGUAAUUGUAGACAAAUUCUAGCUCAGAAAAAUACAGGCCCUGGAGUGUCUAGUCCAGAUUAUCCAGGGGCCGAGGAAUUACUUGCCCUAGAAUUCGAAACUGCUGUAGAACUAUAGUAGGUCUAAACGGAGUGCACAUGCGUCUUUUCUUUACUGUCUGUCUAUGUCUAGUUUUCUUGUUUUUGUCUUUCGUUAUAAUUAUUAUGCCAUAAAAAUUACAAAUUGAACAAAUAUCCGGGACUUGCAGCAAGUGGAAAUUUUGUCACGUGAUCAUUAUGGUCUCUACAGGAUUUCAGUGGGACGACACCAGAGCAUUUCCUAACCCGUUUGAUGAUUAUAAGCCAUCUGGAUCAGAUGGACAGAUUACUAGUGAUUAUGCCAGUCGGCUGCGAUCCUCAAUUGACAAGGAGCUGAAGUACAUCCAUUCAAGAUACAAUCCUAAACACGAUAGAGGCAGAACUGUCUACACAGGAUCUGCAGGAUUGGCUUUACUGUAUUUGAGGUUGUCGAGUGUUGACGAACAGUAUAAAGGCUACUUGCAGGCGGCUGCUGAUCUCCUUGAUGACGAAGCUACUAGUCGGCUGACGUUUUUGUGCGGUCAGGCGGGACCAUUGGCUCUCUCGGCUGUAUUGUACAGCAAGCUUGGAUCUGAAGACAGAAUGUCACGUAGAGUUGAUAAAUUGUUGUCACUGUUAAAAGAAAUCAAAGAACCAGGAAUGCCUAGUGAACAUCUAUAUGGCCACGUUGGCUAUUUGUAUGCCCUCUUGUUUGUUCAACACCAUCUUGGAAAGGAGACAAUUUCAGACGUUGUGAUACAACAGGUGUGUGAGGUGAUUUUGAAUGCCGGCAAGGAAGGUGCAUGCAAAGCUCCGGAGAUGAAGUCGCCUUUGAUGUUCUCGUGGCAUGGCAAACAUUACAUUGGAGCUGCUCAUGGUAUCGGAGGAAUAAUAUACACGUUGUUAGAGGUUUCUCAUCUUUCUCCCGUUCAGGAGCACCUGCAGUCGCACAUCAGGCCAACACUCGACUACCUUCUGACACUCAAGUUUAAAUCUAACAAUUUUCCAUCCUCAAUAUCAAAUUCAUCCGACAGAUUGGUGCAAUGGUGUCAUGGUGCACCCGGCCUUGCAUUAACCUUCUCAAAAGCAUAUGAGGUAUUUAAAGAUGAGCAAUAUCUGAUUGCAGCAAGAGACUGUGCUGAUGUCACAUGGCAGAGGGGGUUAUUAGUGAAUGGUUACGGUCUUUGUCAUGGGGUUGCCGGCAAUGCAUACGCGUUUCUGGCUUUGUAUCGUGUCACGAAAGAUCCACGGUGUCUGUAUAGAGCCAUGAAGUUUGGAGACUGGUGUAUGUCAUCCGGUGACAGACAAACACGACUUCCAGACAGACCGUUUUCUCUGUUUGAAGGUCUGGCUGGUACUAUUUAUUUUUUCUGUGAUCUAUUGGAACCGUUAACUGCUGCAUUUCCCGCUUUUGCUCUCUAGCUGACAAGUCGAUCGAUCAUAAGUGUAGGUCUACAGUGGAACUGAACAUGUACAAGCAUAG